AUGUGUGACGACAUGGUGACCAGGAAACGUCAGAAGGUUUGUGAGAAAGAGCUUAGGGUUCGGACAUCGCCUUCGCUGAUCAUGUGCUUACGUGGCUCUGCCUGGUACGUCCGAAGACAAGAUGUGGUCGUCCGACCCAAGAAUCAGUUGUUUCAAGAGCGGUUCCGAACAGCGCAAGACGGACUCAACGACGCUUCCAGCAGCAGCGGUAGCGGCAGUGGAAGACCAAACUUCCUCUCUCGCUUUCGGAAAUCCAGACCAACGUCGCUGGAGCCAUCGCUUCUCGAUCGCAUCCAACGCAUCAUGAAGGCGGACGAGUACGCCGAGAUGAAACCCAUCUGGGAUCAUGCGGAUGGUGUGAGUGCUACGCUACAUGAUGAUGAAGUCGGAGUCAAUGAGUCGUGCGAGACGGGCCUGCAGUCGGAAGCGUAG